UUUUUUUCAGUACAAUAUCAACUAUUCAUGACCAAAUAAGCAACAAUCAAAGCUGAAUUUGAAGAAGGAAAAAAAACAUCCUUAGGUAUUAAGAGUCUAAUGUAGAAAAACUCAUCAGGACUGUGUGGGUGUGGUUUGAACAGAUUAGACUGAAUAGUUUCAACUGAUCAAAUGUUACUCAGCCCUGAUUGGUUCACAGAAAUAAAUGGCAUCACCUGAUUACAUCUGCUAUCUCUACUUGGAGAGAUGACAUGUUUAUAGACUUAAAUCACUGUUUGAGUGGGCUGGACUUUGACAUCAGGCAGACAGCGGAGUUAAACAUUAAAGCGCAGCUGUACAUUUAGGACCAACAAAGUGGUCUUUGAAGAAAUAUGUGACGGAAUAAAAGAUGGAAGAAAUGGUUUCAGUGGGCUGCAGAGCAGAGACGAGGAAAGGUAUGCUGUUGAAUUACAUUUGGUCUUUCUUACCUUAACAGUUAAGUGAGUAUUAAUUAGUAGCAUUGUGUCUUUCACAGUUGUAUAAUGGCUUUGUAACUUUAAGUUCAUGGCUGUCAAAGAAGAGCAAGCAAGAGCACAGACCUGACUAAACAAUCUCCCAUCAAGGUCUAUGUAGUGUUUAUCCAUCAAUUGCAUCAAAUGGUCCUCAACAGUUGGAAUCAGCUGUCAUGUUCAAAUUUCUAGUUUUUCUGAGUUUCAAGACUUGUCAUCCCUGCUGGUUUACAAGUUGAGAUUGAAAGUUCAUUCUUUACUUUUAUAUUUGAAAAAAACAAGCCCAAGACAGUCCAUUUGGUAGCUGUUAUGGAGCUUUCAACCACAUCACACAAUCUUAACCAUGAACUACUCUUUCCAUGGUCCAGAAUGAAAUUUUGUCCAAAUUCAUUGGAAAAUGUUAAAAAUUGAGUUUGUUCUUGAUAUUUGAAUGCAUAUUAAUUGAUUUGAUCUUUGUUCUAAGUUUCCAAUACAUGUUUUUAUUAUUUAGUAUGCAUUUACAAUACCUGCAUUUCAGUAAGACUAUGAUAUGAUGACAUAAUUUGCACUGCUGUUGCUGUGUCUGCUGCCAGGGGACAAACAGGAGCUGAGGAUUGUCCUUCUGGGGAACGACUGGCUGGAAAAGAGUUUGACAGGAAACACUAUCCUCGGCCAACAGAUGUUUGAUACCAGCAGAGACGUGAAGAUGUUUGUUAGGAGACAGGGUGCUCUUGACAAUAGCCGUACAGUGAUUAUCAUCAAUAGCCCUGAAAGGUGGAUCCACUACUCCUUCCGAGACCCCGGCCUGGUGAACGACAACAUGACAGCCUGCAUGGCCAUGUGCCCGCCGGGACCUCAUGCCUUCCUCAUGGUCAUACCCAUCAGCCCUCACCGAGGCAGGGAGUGGACAGUCGAGGGUCCUCUUGAGCUGCUUAAUGAUACAGUGUGGAGAAACACGAUAGUAAUAUUCACCAGAUGUGAGAGACUGAGAGGGUCGUCCAUAGAGGGCUACACUGAGAGACACCGGUUUCUCAAAGCGGUUUUGGAGAGGUGUGGUCAGAGAUACCACCUUUUGGACACAAGCAUUUGGGGAGACGAUGAUGAUGCUCAGGUUGCAGAACUUCUGGAGAAGAUUGAUGCAACGGUUGCAAGAAACAUAAAGGCAGGAGCAGUCGGUUGGUUGACAACAAAUGAGGAAGUCUCUAGAAUAACUGGGAGGGAAAGGAAGGAAUUAGAAGAGAGGGCGAUUCUGAGGCGAAUUAAUAUGCAGAAGUCCAGAAAGACACUCGGAUCCCUCAUGGGAGAGUCUCCUCUGAUCUCAAUGCUUCGAGUUCUCAUCAUGGGACCAAAGCAAGUUGGGAAAAGCUCAGCUGGUAACACCAUUCUUGGAAAGGAAGUAUUCCCUGCUGGACUUCAAACAUCACAAUGCACUGAGGGACGGGGAGACAUUCACAAAAGGCAAGUCACUGUGGUUGAGGCUCCUGGUUGGCAUGGGAGAUACUGUUCAGAAGACACCCCACGGGAGGUCCAACAGCAGAUGUGUCACAGUGUGUCUUUGUGUGCCCCCAUUCCCAAUUCGGUCCUGGUGGUUGUACGCAGCGAUGAGACUUUCACUGAAACGGACCGGUUGAGAGCGGAGGAACACUUGAGCUUGCUUGGAGUUUGGGUGUGGACUCGAGCAAUCGUGCUGUUCACUUGGGGAGACAAACUGGGAGUCACUCCCAUUGAGGAGCACAUAGAGAGUUGGCCUGCCCUUAAGUGGUUGGUGGACAAAUGUGGGAAUAGAUAUCAUGUUUUUGAUAACUCAAACAAGGUGGGAGAUAUUCAGGUUAAAGAACUGCUGGCAAAGAUUGAGGAAACAGAGGUGAAGAAUGAUACUGGACACUUGUUGCGUAGUUUUAUAAAACUCCAAGAAACCAACCAAAAGCUAGAUCAAAGCUCCAAAAAUAAAGCAAGACAGCUCAAGAAGGCAAGGAGGGACAUUGAUCUGCUUACACAAACAGCCAAGGAGAAGGAGAGGAUAGUAGAGGACAUGAUUAAAUCAGCUAAAGAGAAAGAUGAACAGUUUGAAGCUCUGAAAGCAGCGAGGGAGUCAGAGGAGAGGAAAGAUAGAGACUAUGAAGAACAGAUUGGCAGAGGAUUAGUGGAGGCUAAGAGGGAGAACAACCAGCUUAAACAAGUCAUUAUGGGGAAAGAAGAAAUGAUAACAAGCCUGUGUGAAAGAUAUGCUGUGAAAGAUGAUGUGAUUAAAGCUACAAAGCAAAGCAGUGAGGUGGAAAAGGAAGCGCUGGAGGAAAGAGUGAAGGAACAAGAGCAAGGGACAGCAGCCUUCAAGGAAAAGUGUGCGAAGAAAGAUAAAGCGCAUGAUCAAAUGAUGAUGAAUCAGAAAAGAGAAGCGAAGGAGCUCGAAGAGACAAUUAAACAGCUGAAGAGAGAAAAUGAAGACACAAAGAAGGCGUUGAAGGCCACAAUCGAAGGGGUGCAGCGGCACUAUAAGAAGAAAGAGAUUGAUAGAAGAAAUGAGACAAAAACUGUGGACUUUAACAAAAGUAACCAACUUAGGAAAACAAUGACGGACGUGAAGUCAUUAGAGGAGCUUGCCCGACAACAAAAAUCGGCGUUUGCGGUGCAUCUGAGCCACCAUAAAGAAGAAGAAGCUAAACCCAGUGAGUACGAACUCAUAAGCAGCACAAAUCCUGAGUGA